AUGUCGUACGAAGGUGAGAGUAGCUGGCUUAUCGAGGUGGAUCCGAUGCCCUUGUACGAGAAGAACACUCCCACUGGACCAGGCAACACUCACCGCACGGGGACGCUGCACAUGGCCAGCGUUUCCACGGGUCUAAGCGAAGAUGGAGACAACUCGCCCGAUACUUCUGCGCCAUUGGAUGGCAAGAAGAGUAUGCAGGAGUAUAUCACCGAGAUAUCGCAACUCAACAGUGCGAUAGACGAGUUCUCCAAAAUCAUACAGACCCUGGCGUUGUUCAAGUACUACAUAAGGAACAGGAAGGGCAACACAAACGUGGAAGAGCUCCACAAACGCUUCAACACCUUCUCCGUCAAGUGCGCCAACAAAGUUCGAAUGAUACAACAGCACGUGAACACAGUAAAUCGCGACAACCACUACGCUAUGUCACACCGAGAAAAGUUGGGGUUCUCGUAUUCGGAUCUCAGGGCCAGGUUCAACAUGCAGGACGCUUCGGUGAACAGGCUUAAAACGCUGAUGGAAACCUAUCAGUCGGUCAUAAAGGAGUAUACUGCGGCGGCAAAGACCAUCGACGAUGCAUCUCAAGCUGCCACGGGCGCAAACAGCGCACCGGCCCCGGCGGCUGCAGUAACCGUCGCACAAUCGCUACCGGAAUGCAAUGAGGAGGCACUGAUUGACGAGCUGAAAUCCAAGUCGAAGGACAUCAUGGCUCUCGAAAAGAAUGCUAAAGACCUCAACCAGCUGUUUACGGAGCUCAAUAUGACUAUAAAGAAACGCGGGGAAAACAUAUACAACCUCGAACAGCAAAUACUCCUCUCCGCAGAGCAGAUCGACAAGGGAAAGGAAGAUAUGGCGAUUGCUCUCAAAGCGAGGUGUGGACAGGUGCUCAACUGGGUUAUGGCCCGAAGAAAGACACCAGAUGACUGCCACAAGAGACUCCUAGCGUUGGAGGAUCUUUGCAAAGAGUUCUUCAAGAAGCAUGCUAAUCUACCGGAAAAUGUCAAGCAGCUGCAAAAACAUGUCCUCUCUGAGUACACGGAGUGGUACGAGGUACUAACGGAAAUCACCGAAAAGUUAAAAGAGGUUGAGGACGCCGAAAAGGUUAACUUUCUCGGACAAUAUACCUUUGAGCCCCUAUACGAGGCCGACAAGAUACUGCGGACCUUCCAGAAACACAACCUCCAGAUCGUAUCAUACUGCCAGCUUCUCCAGAAGCAUGUAACAUACAAUGUGCCGUCGAUCAAAAAGUCCAUAGAGACCGUGAAUAGAGAGGUAUUAUUAGCAUGUCAUUGUUUACCAUCUUCGCAGCUCCUCGACUUCAAAAACCGGAAGGCAGAUUCGACGCGGAAGUUGAAUAGCGGCACAACGGAGCUGCGAAACCGGCUUAAAGUGUACGGUAUUGACCUUGAUGAGUUCCCGUUCAACAAGGAUUUCAAAGUCCACAUCAAGGUCAGGCUCAUUGAGGCCAUUGUGAACAAAAAUGCCAAUGCAACAAUAGAGAAUUACCGGCGAACGGUAGAGCUUGCCCAGCUCAUAUGCUCCGAAAUAUUGCCCGUGUUUGUGUCUUUUAUCAGGUUACACGGCAUGGAUGAUCUCUACGCUGCGGGGGAUACCAUGGCGAACAUUAAGCAGGCUGCAGAGUCCGGGAUGGCCGUAGUGACCUCUGAUGGCUCCAAAGGCGAUUCCGAUGAGAAGCCGGAACAAGGCGAAGACGCCUCAAGCGACUGCGUGAUACAAUUGGUAAAGGACAACGAUCAGAUACCCCUUGACGAAGGGAAGAGGAAGCAAAUUUUUGAUACAAACCUGGGGAACCCCGCCUUUAGACAGCUAGUUAUGGGGGAGGUUAUGGAGUUGCGAACUUUUGUCAAAGUUAGAAUUGACGAAAUGCAAAAUAGAUCUGACUCGGCCAACUACCUCUUCAGCCAGGCCGGUGACAAGAUCAACGCGUGUGUACAAACGCCCGUUUCAAAGUACGAGGCAUACCUAAAAACUCUGGACGAAGCAGUCGAACUGCUCAGCGGUACGGAAGCAAUGAAGGCGCUCAGCCUCCUCAAAAACAGAAACGAACUGGACAAGUUCGCACAAGUGGAACUGGAUAUCUUCAAUCGCUGCUGCAACGAAAUCGAGGAACAGGCGUCGUUAACGAAGCGAAUCGAAACCACUAGUGACGCGCUCCAGAAACUAGCUGCCGAACUGGAGACUGCAAGGGCGACGGUAAGGAGCACAAAGGCAAAGCUGGAGAAAACUGCCGGCGAUGUAAUGGGCGAGCCGCUCCGGAUAUUCGGCGAAGUCGACGAAAUAUGA